AUGAAGGACAUGGAGGGCGGCGCGGUCGUGGUUGCCGUCGGCGGCCGCGCCGAGUGGCCAGCCGGCACCGCCGGCAGGCCCGGACCUCCGCCGCGGCCCCCGGGCGCCGCGCCGGCGCGGCUGUGCUGGGCCCGCGCGCUGAGGCGCCGGCUGGCGGACCACAGGGUGAGGGUGCCCUACCUUGACCUAGGCCCCAGCGCGGACCUGCCCUGGGCCGGCGCGAGCGCGGAGGAGUCAGCCGCGGCGCCUCGCGGGCCCUCGGCCUCGGCCCCGCCCCCCCGCAUCCCCCGGCCCCGUGCCCGACGUGGCCGCGCCCCCGCCGGCGCUCCCCGCGCUCCUGCGGCCGCUGCGGCGGCUCCCGCCGCGGGGGCUGCUGCCGCUGCGCGCCCGGGAGGGGCCGCCGUGCCCCGUGGAGGCGCAGGAGCAGCUGUGGGCCUGGAGCGACGAGGCCACCGCGCGCGCUGA